CACCGCCUGACCCAGCGUUGCCACGGCCAUCCUGGAACGACGGGGAAAACAGAAAUCGUACUUAAUAAUAACGACUAACGAAGCCCUUUGGCAAGAGCCCGUGAGACAUUUGCAUGGUGACCAGCUGGACAAAUAACGGCGCCAGGAGCCACCGGAGACAGACAGACAUGCCACUCCACCGCAGGGCCUCGGACCCAGACCACUUUGUGAACAGUACUACUAAGCAUGGCCUCCACCAACCGCAACUGAGGCCUAACUUCGGCUGUUAAUCACUCCCUCGCCCUCCUACCAACAAAUCGCCCGCCCUUGUCUUCUUCCUCCUUUCACAACCUCCCCUCUUUCCUCCUUCCUCCUCCCACCUGUCUCCUCGCUAUACGGCUUGCAUCUCCGGCCAUGAGCGACGACUCCGGUGUCCUCUUCGUGGGUUCUCGCCCCAGAAAGAGAACUCAUCGUGAAAUGUCCGAAACAUCAUCCGAGCGCGCAUUUGCUGGACCUUCAUCCUCUUCAAGAACUCCUGGAUCGUCGUUGCCACCGCUUCGGAGGUACCCGGGCGAUGGCCUCGAUUUCCGUCGGCCGGUUACAUCGGCCUCACCGCAGAUAGAUGAAGUGAUUGAUUUGACCAACGAACCGGAUACCCCCGAACAAACUGCCCGCCAUCAACCUCCUUUUCCAGCGGAGAUUUCUCGCCGUCCACGUCCACGUCCACGUCCACGUCCACCACGGUUUCCCAGGGACAUCCUGACGGAGGUGGUGGAUCUAGAGGAAGAGCCCGAUAACGGCAAUCAUCAAGAUCAUCCGGAUAGCCCAGAAGUUCAAUUCGUCGGAGCAACGGUUUUGCGGCCACAAUUACCGCCCCUAGAACGACAGCCACCGCUUCUCCCCUAUAAUCGGAUGCCCACGCCAAUGUGGCGCGAUGUAGUACUCCCUCCAACUCCACCUCGUCAGCCGGGACGGUUUGAUUACCGGCCGUUCACCCUUAUGCGUAUUCGAGAUGACUUUCCUCGUCUGAGUGAAAUGGAGUCCUUCUGGAUCGGCAACGGCCGCGCGGGCGCUGUCGACCUAACAAUUAACCUGGAUGUGGAUGGGCCUUUAGGCCUGGACUAUCAGCUUACGGGCGUGUCGCCAGAAAGAGCGCCUGGAAACUCCUACAAGCCCCCUAGUCCGCCACCCGAGGGCUUCACCAGGAACAUCGAAGAGGACGAUGUUGUUAUAUGCCCCAACUGUGAGAUGGAGCUGGGCAUGGGUGACGAGGUCAAGCAGCAGAUCUGGGUAGUGAAGCAAUGCGGACAUGUUUAUUGUGGCGAAUGUGCCUCUAAUAGAUCGCUCUCCAAGGCGAAGAAAACCACAUCGAAGACGAAGGCUUUCUCUAAAUGUCAGGUGAUUGGGUGUCAUAAGCCCGUGAGCUCACCUAGGUCGAUGUUCCAAAUCUACCUCUAAUGGUCGAUGCAUAUUAUUCCGGGAGUUCAUAUAUUAAUCGCAUGGCGAUGGUGGCGCAAGGGCGGGGGCCUUCUUUUAAACCCACUCGGGAUCUUCACGAUAAGCUAUUUUCGAUAUACCCUCAUUGCAUUGUUUCGGUUGGUUUGGAUUUUUGGCCGGGGUUUAUUUCUAUAUGUUAUAGCAUAGAGUGUUUUGGGUAUAAGGUGCAAUGCUUUCGGCGGCCCAUGUGAAUAAUGAAAACUGUUUGCCAGCAGACGAUGGCGCUCCACAUCAUGGGAUAUCAAAUGAAGACAUUCUGUACAUAUGAUACAUAUAAUUUAACCAAAGACAGAGUCGGGUUCG